AUGCGUACCUCCAUCACUCUCUCCGCGGCACUGGCUGCCCUCCUCCAGACGGCCGCCGCAGUGACUGGUGCCGCCGAAGGCUUUGCCAAGGGCGUCACUGGUGGUGGCAGCGCCACGACCGUCUACCCUACGACCAACGCCGAGCUCGUCAAGGCAGCAAGGGUGGUCAUCAAGGGGCAAGGAGGCAUGCCGCAUCACGGGGCGGUGCCAAAGAACAUCAUCGUGCAGAACAUCCCACAUCACCUGGUCCUCAACUCCUCAGUACGUCGGGGGGCGGAUGAUGCCAUCCCCUCGACGGCUCCCGACUCGUCUGGAUCGACCACGUCAAGACGUCGCUCCAUCGGCCGACAGCACAUUGUCCUCGGCAACGCCGCCAACGGCCGCGUGACCAUCUCCAACAACGAGAUUGACGGCCAGACCUCGUGGUCCGCCACCUGCGACAACCACCACUACUGGGGCCUCUCACUGACGGGCGCCAACGACCUCGUCACCCUCAAGGGCAACUACAUACACCACACCUCCGGCCGCGCCCCCAAGGUCGGCGCCAACACGCUGCUGCACGCCGUCAACAACUACUUCUACGACAACACCGGCCACGCCUUUGAGGGCGACAACACGGCCAUGAUCGUCGCCGAGGGCAACGUCUUCCAGAACGUCAAGGCCGCCCUCGACAGCAGCUUCGCCGGCAAGUUCUUCGCCUCCCCCGACACCAACACCAACAAGGCCUGCGCCGCGGCUCUCGGCCACAACUGCCAGCUCAACGCCUACGGCAGCUCCGGCUCCCUCAAGGGCACCAACACGGCCAUCCUCGCCAAGUUCUCCGGCAAGAACGUCGCUUCGGCCGGCCUCGCUACAACGGCCAACAACGCCGUCACCAACGCCGGCUUCGGCAAGAUCUAA